AUGACGACUGUUGUUAGUACAUCCAAUCCUGACGUCAAUGCUCCAACAAGUUAUGUUUCACGUUGGAUUGCUCAAAGUCAUGGUAAAUAUCAAAAGAGAGCUAACGAGUAUUUUUCUGCCACUUAUGACUAUCGAACUAAAACAACGACUGGUUCAACAACCACCAUAUCAAUCAUCAAAAUUCCGGCCAGAGCCAGUCCACAUUCUCAUAUGACUACAUGGGAAGCUCAAGCGAAGACGCGGUCGGAUGGUACAACAAUAAUUCCUGCGAGUUCAGAUUUAUCAUUUCCUGCAUACGUUAUUCAGAAUCACAACAUCAAUAAUAAUAACAACAACAACAACAACAAUGAUCUACAAGAGAAACUAAAUCGAGUUCGGUAA